CUCCCUUCUUUCAAAAUUGGGCGUGUAGUUCAACGUAAAUGCAAAGACAGAAUUUUAAUUUGUACUCUUUGGAUAUUUGACAACGCGUCGUUCUUCUUACGUACGCGCGCACGUCAACAAAUACCGUCCUCGUUGAAGUUGAGAAAAUAGUCUGUCCUGCAUGGUCAGUGUUCUGCGCAGAGAUGGCGCUGGAGGAAGCGGCACGGAGCUGUCUGCUGCGCUUUCGCCACAGACUGGAGCAAGACAUCAAGCCCUCGUACCUGAUGGAUCACAUGAUCAGUGACGGAGUGAUAAGUGUUGAGGAGGAGGAGAAGAUUAGGACUCAGCCCACCAGAAAGGAUCAGGCUGUUGCUUUGCUAGAGCUGCUCCUUAAGAAAGACAACCAUGCUUACAUCUCCUUCUACAACUCCCUGGUCAAGGAGGCAUAUGACGACCUGGCCAAUAUGCUGUAUGACGACCUGCCGCAGAUCUCUCCUAAUGCAAAUAAGAACUCCUCUGAUGACUGCACAUCUUAUGUUCAGAUGGUGCUAAGUGAAGGUGGUAUACCACAGAGGCCUGUGGUGUUUGUCAGCCGUCCGGAGCUUUUGAACCGGGUCAGAGAGAAACUCUACAGGCUGAAGAAUGAGCCUGGCUGGAUCACUGUCUUUGGGAUGGCUGGCUCAGGCAAAUCUGUCCUGGCUGCAGAGGCUGUGCGACACCAUGGCGUCAUCGAAGACUGCUUUACUGGGGGUAUUCACUGGUUGUCCAUCGGCCAGUUGGAAAAACCAGACCUGCUGGUGAAGAUCCAGUCAUUGUGUUUCCGUCUGGAGCAGAACCUGGAUUCCCUCUCUCUCCACCGGCAACCCAACUCUCUGGAUGAAGCCAAGGAGCGUUUGCGCUUCCUCAUGCUGCGCAGAUAUCCAAGAUCUCUGCUGAUUCUAGAUGACAUUUGGGACAGUACAGUUCUGAAAGUGUUUGAUAUCCAAUGUCGGAUUCUUCUGACCACCAGAAAUAGAAGCCUUACUGAUUCAGUCAGUGGUGCCAAAUAUGAGGUAGAAGUGGAGAGUGGUCUGGAUGAAAACAAAGGACUGGAGAUACUGGCACUGUACACCAAAACUAAAAUCCAGGGACUUCCCGAGGAGGCUCGCAGCAUUGUCAGAGAAUGUAAAGGAUCCCCCCUGGUGGUGUCCUUGAUCGGGGCUCUGCUCAAGGAGAAACCGAACCGCUGGGACUAUUAUCUCCGCCAGCUACGGCAGAAGCAGUUUAAGCGCAUACGGAAGUCAUCGUCCUAUGACUAUGACGCCCUGGACCAGGCUAUGGCUGCAAGCAUUGAGGUCCUGCCUGAUGACCAUCGUGAGCUCUACAAGGAUCUCACUGUGCUGGAGAAGGACAUCAAAAUCCCUGCAAAGGUGCUGUCUGUUCUGUGGGACCUGGAGCCAGAGGAGGUGGAGGACAUCCUCGAGGAGUUUGUCAACAAGUCCCUGCUUUUUGUGGACAGUCACAAUAAACCCUUCCUGUAUUACCUCCACGACCUUCAGCUGGACUUCCUGGUGGAGCAGAACCGCACCCAGCUUGAGAGCCUUCACAGUAAAGUGGUACAUCAGUAUCAGCAGCACUACAAAGAUGGUCCUCCCUUCUCAGGAGAUGAAGAGUGUCUUUACUGGAUCAGAUUUUUGACGUACCACAUGGCUAACGCCAACCUCUCCCAGGAACUCUACUCCCUCAUGUUUUCUCUGGACUGGGUGAGCACCAAGGCCCAGAUUAUGGGUCCAGCCCACCUCAUCAAUGACUAUGUGGAGUAUGGACCAAUUCUGGAUAAAGAGAACAGUGAGGUGCGCAGUCAGUUCCAGGAGUUCCUCUCUCUGAACGGGCACCAGCUGGAGCAGCGUCCUUUCCCUGACGUGGUGCAGCUUGCUCUGUCUCAGCCACCCACCUCUGAAGUUUACAGACAGGCUCUGCUGCAGGCACAGAAACGAGUCAGCACUGGGAAACUCUACUUUGACUGGCUGAAUAAGAGCAGUGUAGAGAGUCUGUCCCUCCUGGUGAUCCACCCCCACCAGGGCUCCAUCUACUCUGCCUGCUUCUCCAAUGAUGGUGCCAAGAUUGCCACCUGUGGAGCCAGCAAGACACUCAAGGUGUUUAAAAGCACAUCCGGUGAGAAGCUCACAGAGAUCCAGGCCCAUGACGAUGAGGUGCUCUGCUGUGCCUUCUCCUCAGACGACAGUCUCCUUGCAACCUGCUCCAGUGACCGGAAAGUAAAGGUUUGGAAUGUGGAGCGUGCCAUGCUGCUGCGGGUCUUUGCAGAUGAGCAUGAAGAGCAGGUCAACCACUGCCAGUUUACAAACAUGAGGCGACAACUUCUCCUGGCCACCUGCUCCAACGACAAGUUCUUGAAUGUCAAGGUGUGGAACCUGAACAAGCCUUCCUCCCAGAACACCAUGUUUGGCCACUUCGAGCCAGUCAACCACUGUUGUUUCUCCCCCGAUGACAUGUAUCUGUCCACUUCUUCCAAUGAUGGCACUGUUAAGCUGUUUCAGGUGUCGUCUGCAAACGAGUGGAAGACAAUCAAUGUGAGCAGCAUGUUUACAGAGGGCGAUGAUGUCGCCCCUGUCAAGUGUAGCACCUGGACUGCAGAUGGCAAACAAAUCAUUUGUGCGGCCAGGAAUGCCGUUUUGGUGUUUGAUGUGGAGACGUCAGACAUGUUGUUGGAGAUAAGAACGAACCGUCUCAGCACCGUGCAGUACUGUCAUGCCUGUCCCACCAAUAAGCUGCUUGCCAUUGCUUUCUCCAACUAUGCUGUGGAGCUGUGGGACCUGGAGGCGAAUAAAAAGAUGGCUGACUGCAGCGGACACCUUAGUUGGGUCCAUCGAGUUCAGUUCUCUUCUGAUGGCUCACAGCUGCUCUCCUGCUCCGAUGACCAAACCGUCAGAUUAUGGGAGACAAAGAAAGUUCAUACGACCUCUGCCGUGUGUCUGAAGAGAGACUCUGAUGUUCUCUUCAAUGACGGAGAAAUCACAGUUUCAGCUGCUGACAAUUGCAACAGACUGCAGGUACGUGAUGGCAGGACGGGAUCUGUGCUGUUCCAGUCAGAGGAGAAGUCGUCCAGGAUCCGGUGUACCUGCAUGUGCAGACAGCUGUCUGCUGUGGCUCUGGGCCAAGAGGACGGCACUAUACAGGUGUUGGAGGUGCCCUCGGGGAAGCUCUUGGCCACUCUGCUGGGACACAAUAAGACGGUGCUGCACUGCCAGUUCGGCCAGAACGGCCAAACACUUAUCACAUCCUCUGAGGACACCACUAUUAGGGUGUGGAGGUGGCAGUCUGGGGAGAGUAGAGUACUUCAGGGUCACAAAGAGCAGGUCAGAGGCUUCUCUCUGCUCUCCAACACCAAACUGUUGUCCUGGUCCUACGAUGGUACUGUCAAGGUGUGGAGCAUAGAAAGUGGAGAGAAGCUGCAGGAUAUCGAGGCUCAUCUGGGAGCCAUUUUGUCCUGUCACGUCUCACCAGAUGGCUGCUUCUUCGUCACCACCUCUGCUGACAAGACUGCUAAGUUGUGGUGCUCUGAGAGCUGGCAGUGUGUCCACACACUGAGCGGCCACCAGGAAUGCGUCCGAAGCUGCCGAUUCUCCUGGGACAGCCGUCGCCUCGCCACUGGAGACGACAACGGAGAGAUCAGGCUGUGGAGUGUCAAAGACGGAUCUUUGCUGAAGAUUUGUUCACGGGACGGUAAAGACGCCCUGGACUCGCUCCAUGGAGGCUGGGUCACUGAUCUGCACUUCUCACCGGACAACUCCCUCCUGGUCUCGACCGGUGGCUACAUCAAGUGGUGGGAUGUGGAACAAGGUGAGGCCCUGCAGACCUUCUACCCAACAGGAAGUGCUUUAAAGAGGAUCCAUGUGUCGCCUGACUUCUCCACCUUUGUCACCAUCGACAGCAUCGGUAUCCUCUACAUCCUGCAGAGGGUGGUAUGACCAUGACCACGGUGCUAAAUCAAAUGACAGGAAACAAAAUGGUAAUGUCAAAACAAAAAGUGGACAUGUUUGGUCACUCAACAGCAGCACAAUAGCAGGCUAACUUCAGUUUCCCUUUUUAAACCAGCUGGGAAUUAAAAAUGAAUUGUUCUUAAUUAAUUCUAACAUUGGGUUUCAAGGUUUUGACGCUGGAAUUGACGACUUUUUGGUUAAACUUAUUCUUAUGUUAAAUGUGAUUUGCACAUUGUAACAAGGUUUUUUUUCUCUUGAUGGGGUUUUCACACAAAACAAAAAAUAGUAAAGUAAAAAAUAUGCAGUCUAGAAGUGCAUCAGUAUGCCCGAAGUAGGGCUGCAACUAACGAUUUCAUAAUGGAUUAAGUUGCUGCAACUUGAUUUAGAAAGCAAGCAUAAGGUCUGGCAUUGUGUUCUGAGCAUGUGCAAUUAGUUUAUGAAAAGGGGUACGUGUAUAAGGGGCGGGGCAGAUGAUUGAUGUUUGAUUGAUGCAUCACAUCACGGAAAAAAUUAUCUCCCUUCAACAUUUAAGUGUUGAUGUUUUGGGGCAAAAAAAACAAACUGCUUGCUAACCUAUAAAUCUGUUGUUUUUUACACAUAAGGACAGUUAAUGUAAAUGUUUUAGGUUUUUUUUGUACAUAAACCGAGACAUAUUUCUUAUAAAAUAGCAUUAACGAAACCCCAGCAGUCCCAUCGAUCACACGGGUCUGUAGACUCAUUUAUCACUUAUCAAGACUGUGAUUAUUGCAUCAAUUAAAAUGUGAAUAAUUUGCCGUCAAGGCUGAACAUUAGUGCUGUUUGUAAUCAAUAUAAGCUACUGUGCACGUUUGACGAUCCAUAAUAAUGUGUUUGACUGGUCUGUGCUGUGUUGUUUUUUAAAUUAAAUGUGUGUGUGUGUGUGUGUGUGUGCGUGUGCGUGUGCGUGUGCGUGUGCGUGUGGGUCAGUCUUUUGCAUGAGUACUACAAACUGUUCUGAGCCUUUUAAAUGUGCUGCAGCCUUCAGCUUGACUGGGAUUACUGCUGGUGAAAUACAGUUUUUGCCUUCUCAUCCACCAGCAUGGACAGAACCUCUGGUGCACUUUUGAUAAGCAUUAAAAUUUGAUAGCAUGGUAAAGUUUUAAUGGCUGCUCAUUUAAAAUUUAACCUAAAAUGUUUUGUUUGUACUUUUGAAAUUUAAUCAAAGGUAAAUGUUUUUUAUGAAAGAAUUUUGCACUUGAUUUGUAAUUCACAUUUUACCUGUGAAAUAUAACAGGCAUUUAUUUGUGCUUAAUAAACUGAAUUAUUAAAAAAAUUUUACCUAUAAAACUCACCUUUUAAAUUUAAGAGUAAGUUAAACAAUUUGUCAUGAAUCUUUCGAAAGGGUUGUUUCAUGUUGAGACGAUUUAAAACAUAAUAUGACUUGGAUUAGACAGCACGAUUGAGAUUUCUCUCACAUCGAUCACACCCAUUUAUUGCAGGGUUAAUAAUGCGGUCACCGGCUCCGGUCAGAGCAAUAAGUGUACGACGACAAAUGGGCAUUUUCACACUGUGCUUUUAAAGCUGCUACAAAUUCAAGUCAGAGUUUCCUCUCUGUUACACUUAAUUGUUGAAAUAUCGAUGUCCGCUCAAGAUGUAUUGAUGCUGUUUGUACAAUGUGCUCCAGUGUGAGUGUUAUUUAUAACAAAUUAAAUUACACAAUCUAUAACA